CAUGCAAGUGGCGCGAAAUUUUCUUUACUUCUUUCGGCCUCCCGGUCCGGUGCGGGUCAAGGCCUCGGUGCGGCAGGAGGCGGCGGGAGGCGCACGCAAGGCUCCGGAGCGGAGCGCGGGCAGCGGAGCUGUGCGGCAGCCCGACGAGUUGGGAGGCAUAUUUGCUUGGCUUCAUUGUGAAAAGAGGGAAAAUUACAAGAUUAUUUCUGACAAUUGUGUGUUGCCUCAUCCAUUAAAAAGAACAUAUAUUGAAGGGCCAUGCCAUCUUAUCUCACAAGGCAGAAGACCAGACAAACUUAUUCAUGGGUUGGCAGGCCAUUGCUGGAUCGCAAGCAGCACUACCAGAUCUACAAAGAAAUAUGCCUGAAAACUGAAGGUUAUUCCACUGAGAUUUAUAUCAAGGUUGGACAGUUUGUGCUGAUUGAAGGGGAUGAUGAUGAGAUGCCCUAUGUUGCUAAACUAAUUGAGUUAUUUGAAGAUGAGUCUAAAUCUCAUUUCAAGAACUGUGCUCGAGUACAGUGGUUUGUCCGAUUCUCUGAGGUUCCUGUCUCUAAAAGGCAUUUGUUAGGCCGGAAGCCUGCUGCACAGGAGAUAUUCUGGUAUGAGCACCCUGGCUGUGAUAACAACAUUUGUGUUGAGACCAUCAUUGGCCCUGCACGGGUAGUAGCUUUAGCCCCAGAUGAAGAGAUCCCUACGGAUUUGAAGAAAAAUGAGACACUGUUUGUGAAACUAUCUUGGAAUGAAAAGACAUUCAAGCCACUGUCACCAGAAGUCCUUGCGGAGCUGAGGAAGGUGAAAGGCAGCCCUGCAUGUGAGAAACCUGUGAAGGCCCAGAUUAAGAAUGCAGAAAGCCCUUCUUUAACCAAAGCAGAACAUGUGAUCAAAAGGAUUGAAUCAAGUCACUCUGCCUCCAAAUCUCGCCAAACUCCUACUCACCCUGUCACCCCCAGUGCAAGGAAGCGACUGGAGCUCGGCAGCUUUCCCCGGACACCUAACACUAAACUAUCCCAGCAGACUUUGUGUGGCUCCUUGGAUUCUUCAAGAAAAUCUAAACGAAAAACAGCCUUCUCUGAGACUGCUUCACCUUCUAAAAGAUCUCAGCUGGGUGAAAUCAAGAUCUCUUCAGCUUUGAAAACUCCAGAAAAAAAUAAACAGGUUCAACCCUUCUGUGCCAAGGCUAUCAGGAAGUCUUCACCUGCAUGCAACAGGAUUCUGAGAACACGAGUCCCAGUUGUGAAGACCACAGAAAUGAAUGUAAAAGGAGCACUUAGCCCUAUCAAGGGCAGCUUGAGGAUCUCAGUGGUGCCUCCUGUGAUUCUGAAACCAGAAAACAGAAGGAGGAAGACAAAAGAACCAGAAGCUCACAAAGAAGCUACCUGUACUUCCCGUGAGGUCCACAGAAAGAGUGCUCUGUUGACUUUGAAUCGGAUUAGGGAGCAGCUUCGAUUUCUAGAGCAUAAUAAAAAUGACCAAGAAGAGGAACAGUUCAAACCCCCAGCAGAGGGGUCAGACUCCAGCAGUGAGGAGGAAGAUGAUUGUAUUCCCUCCCUUCCAAAGAGAAAUCCCUGAUGCCAGUCCAGGGACCUGCAAACGACCCCAAAGCCUUCUAUGCAGACCCCCUCCAAGAAACCAAAGAAAACCCCUAAUCCUAGAAUGCCUCACCAUGCUACUCCUCAGAUCCGCAGCCGAAGCCUUGCUGCCCAAGAGCCAUCUAGCAUGCUUGAGGAGGCCCGACUGAGACUACAUGUUUCUGCUGUGCCUGAGUCUCUUCCCUGUCGGGAGCAGGAGUUCCAAAACAUCUACAACUUUGUGGAAAGCAAGCUUCUUGACGGGACUGGAGGGUGUAUGUACAUCUCUGGGGUCCCUGGGACAGGAAAGACUGCCACUGUGCACGAGGUCAUACGCUGCUUGCAGAAGGCAGCCCAGACAAAUGAUGUACCUCCCUUUCAAUACGUUGAGGUCAAUGGCAUGAAGCUGACGGAGCCCCACCAAGUCUAUGUGCAGAUCUUGCAGAAGCUGACAGGCCAGAAGGCAACGGCUAACCAUGCAGCAGACCUGCUGGCAAAGCGAUUCUGCAGCCGGGGGUCCCUGCGGGAGACCACUGUCCUCCUUGUGGAUGAGCUUGACCUUCUUUGGACCCACAAACAAGACGUAAUGUACAAUCUCUUUGACUGGCCCACUCACAAGGGGGCCCGGCUAGUAGUCCUAACCAUUGCCAACACCAUGGAUCUACCAGAACGGAUCAUGAUGAACCGCGUGUCAAGUCGACUGGGCCUUACCAGGAUGUCCUUCACACCUUAUUCUCACAGCCAACUGAAAGAGAUCUUAGUGUCCCGUCUCAAGCAUCUAAAGGCCUUUGAGGAUGAUGCUAUCCAGUUAGUAGCCAGGAAGGUAGCAGCCCUCUCUGGAGAUGCACGACGCUGUCUGGACAUCUGUAGGCGGGCCACAGAGAUCUGCGAGCUUUCCCACCAGAAGCAGGACUCCCCAGGGCGGGUCACUGUGGCUCACUUAAUGGAGGCCGUGGAUGAGAUGUUCUCAUCAUCGUACAUCACUGCUAUCAAGAAUUCCUCUAUCCUGGAACAGGGUUUCCUGAGAGCCAUUCUUGCAGAGUUCCGUCAAUCCGGACUAGAGGAAGCAACAUUUCAACAGAUAUACAGUCAGCAUGUGGCCCUAUGCAGAAUGGAGGGACUGCCAUACCCUUCCAUGUCAGAGACUAUGGCUGUGUGUUCACGUCUGGGCUCUUGUCGCCUGCUCCUGGUGGAGCCCAGCAGAAAUGACCUACUCCUUCGAGUGAGGCUCAACGUCAGCCAGGAUGAUGUGCUGUAUGCUCUGAAAGAAGAGUGAAGGGCUUCACAAGCAUCUGCGAUUUCCUCAGAACGUGGGAUUAUAGCAAAAUACAAUGAAUGGAAGUGUUUGUCCUUUAUUUUGGAGUUUCCAUUAGGUAACUUGCUUUUUCCAGAGUGUUCAGGAAAUUUAUAGACUUCAAAUGCUCAGAUUAUAACCUCUCUGUUACUAGCUCAGCCAUUUAUUUAAUUAUAACGUACUAUGUAUAUAUAAAGGUAUGUACACAGUAUAUUUGUAUCUAUGUAAAAUAGUUCUGGGAGAAUUUGUAAGAAAAUAGCUACACUGGUUGCCUCUGGGAAAUAACUGGUGGUUAAAGUUGGUUCGAGAAGACUUAACUGAAUGCCAUUAUGUAUUAAAUUUUGAACAACAUAAAUAAAACUGAUUAUAUAAAAACUGCUG